GAGACAAGCUCGCUUCCCAUCCAGGGCGAGAGAGAAGGGGCGUCUGCAGGCAGCCCGGACAGUCCGCUGCGCCACUGCCGUCUGGUCAAGUUAACAAUAGGACACAGCGGGGAUCGUUCUGGGCUCUCCUGGCUCGCGGUGGUCGGAUGUUUAUUUCGGUGGCGGAGAGGAGUCACGCAGCCCGGCAGCCUUUUUCUUGUUUUUUUUUUUUUCUUUUUUUUCUCGGUGCCGCCGAACUGAGCAGAAUCGUCCACGGGACUCGAACAAGUGCCCCGCCUGACAAGAGUUAUAAGUGCGGCUGUUAGUGGGGGAGACACGCGACACUGACGCCGGGAGAGGAGACGCCGCGCGCGGUUACGUCGGACGGACACGAACUCGGUUCCCCCCCCUCCUCCUGGUGCGCGUGAUGUCGCAGAGCUCCCACCGCGGCGGGGUGACCGCGGGGCGGCUAUGAGAAGCGGACUGCCCGGCUUGUUUUCUCCAUCUACUCCUUCCAACCUGCGUGGAACAGAGUGUGCUCUCUGUCACACGCCGAGCGCCGCGAGGGACGUCCGCGCGGCUCGUUACUUCGCCACGCAAGAGUCCGGCUCGUGCGGGAACCAUGAGGACCACCGAGGAGAGCGAGGGCUUCGACGGCGAGGCCUCCAACACCUCCAUGAUCUCCGGGGCCAACAGUCCCUACCAGCCCACCACCGAGCCCGUCCACGCCCGCAACGUCCUGGGGGGGCUGAGGUGCGACAUGGAGUACCUCAAGUCCUACUUCGGGAUUUUGAAGGUGGUUGAAGUGCUCCUGUCAUUCAUCGCAUUCAUCUGCAUAGAGACCAUCAUGAUGUGUUCUCCCUGUGGAGGCGUCUACUUCUUCGAGUUUGUCAGCUGCAGCGCCUUCGUGGUGACGGGAGUCCUCCUCUUCAUUUUCUGCCUCAACCUCCACACGAAGGUGCCCCACAUCAACUGGAGCCUCACGGACCUGGUGAACACUGCUGCCAGCACCUUGUUCUUCUUCUUGUCGUCUCUCGUGCUCGCCUGCAUUAACCACAGCAAAGGAGCUGAAAUAGCUGCACUGAUCUUCGGCUUCCUGGUCACAGGUGUUUAUGGAGUAAACACCUUCCUGGCGGUGCGCCGGUGGCGCCGUGGCAGCGGGUGCCAGGCGCCUCAGGCCAGCGACUACAUUCGGGCACGUACAGCGUCUCGCGGAGAGAUGGAGGCACGAGCCGAGCUUGCGUGAGCGCCGCGUCGACGAUCGGACUGACGUGAGACAAUCCAGCGGCGGCAGGCCGGAGGGGGACACCACUGCCUUCAGGACAGUAUUCCGUAAAAUGUGUGUGUGGGAUCGCCGCCGCA